UAAUGAGUGGUAAUUUCAUUACUCUGGGAGAUUCAGUGGAUUUGCCCUGUCAGAUUGACAAAAGCUUGUUAGAGAACAAUCUGAAGGUGGAGUGGAGAAGAACAGAGACUGUGGUUCAUCUGUAUGAAGAUGGCAAGAGUCGAGCAGAUGAACAGCACAAGGAUUAUCACAAAAGAGCUCAUUUCUUAAAGAAGAAGAUUAAAGAUGGAAACUUCUCCCUUCGUCUGAAAAAACUGAGAGCUGGAGAUAAAGGGAUUUACACAUGUAAAGUUUAUAAGGACCAGGAUUGUGUGCAUACAGUCAAUGAAGAGUUGAAACUGGGAUUCACUGUGAAACAUUCUCAUCACACACCGGUUCAUCUGGGAGCUUCAAUGGUUUUGCCCUGUUAUAAAGAUAAACCCUCUGGAAUGGAGGGUCUGAAGGUGGAAUGGAGAAAAAAAGACUUGAAGGAUCUGGUUCAUCUGUAUGAAGAUGGUGAGAGUCGAGCAGAUGAACAGCAGCAGGAAUAUCAAGAUAGAGCUCAUUUUUUUACUGAGCACCUUAAAGAUGGAAACUUCUCCCUCCGUCUGGACAAACUGAGAGCUGAAGAUGAAGGAGAAUAUACAUGUACAGUUCACAGCAGGGGUCGCAGGCAGUUUUCAACCAAUUUAAAAGUGGUACUGAAACUACUAGACACCGUCUUCCAUCUUCAGAUGUUUCUUGUCUUCUGUCCAAAUCUGAUCAUGUUUCUUGCUUUUGUCCUCUGGGGUGUUUCUGAAGGGUCUCUGUUUGAGACGGUCUCUUGUUGUGCUCUUUAUUUUCUGAGGCCUCUCAUGUUGCUCUGGACGGCUCCGUAUUUGAAUGAGUUCACAG